AUGGACUCUGGAUCUGUGUUGUCUGAGGAUGUUCUACGUUCAAUUUGCAAGUCUUUGACUGUAAUUUUUGCAACUGCUGAGAAGCAGCAUGAUAAUGAUGGGGGCCGUCGAGAUAUAAAUCAGUUGCUCAAUAACGUACUCCGGACUGCAUCUUCCACAACUCCUACGCUGUUUCAUAGUACGGCCGCUCUCAACGCACUUUGCGGCAUACUCCACAAAUGUUCAGUCUCUCCGAGUGAGCACAUGAAGUCUCUAGCUUUAAGUAAGGAGGUCUGGGAAGCAUCCUUAGACAUUUUCCUGACAAGAUCCGAGAAUCAUAAAACAAAGCCCCUGCGAAGACUGCUAGAAACACUCACUGUUCUAGCCCUCAUGCAGAGCAGUGGUGGCGAUCAUGCAUAUUCUAGAGCGGCGUUAUCGCUUUGUCUACGUGCCAUCUUUGAGCAGGAGAAGGAUGUAUCUAUUAAAUCAUCUUUUCAGGCUUUGGACUGGUUUCUCCGAAAGAGGCUAAUCGAAGCGCAAUGCAUAUUCCACGCCUUAAAAACAUUCUAUGACGAGAUCAGGAGUGAUUUUGACCAGAUUUCAGGCUUCAAUGAGAGCUCAGAUGAUGAAGACAAGUAUUUUGCACAGGUUGUAGUCUUCCAAACCUUGACGUGGGUUCGAUACCCAGACUGCGCUCCUGCUGCUAGUCGUUUCCUUUCUCAAUUCAUUGGCACCUUUGGAGCAUCGGGUGAGUCGCAUCCUCUGUGGUUUCAGCCGCUGGCACAAUUCCAGAAGAGCAAUCCAGAUCUCUUCGACAGUCUGGAAAAAUACAUCUACCCAAUGCUGCUAGAAUCCAAAGAGCAAGGGGUCGGGCUUCUUCAGCUCAUAAAUCCUCAUGAGAUAUCACGAACUUCAGACCGCGAUUCGCUUUCGGAAAACGACCUUCAGGUCUGCCUUCUGGCUGCUCGUGCCGCCAGCAAGAAAGUCAGCGCAAGAUCAAACCUCGUUAACGCCCGUGAUGCCGAAAGCUUCAGUCUCGAUCUUUUAGACCAUGCGUCUCCUGUCCUCAGGAUUUCAGCGCUCUCGACUCUGCUUGGUGAAUGGACAUUAUCGAAGGCGAUCAACAGGGAAGCGGUAGAACGACUUAUAGACUGUAUAUCUUACUUUCACCAAGAAACUGACCCAAAGCCUCGCAAUGAGUUCAUCGCUUUAAUGAAGAAAUGCUGUACUAGAUUUCGUAAUGUUUCUAUGAUUAGAGGGUCAACUACGUGCUCCGAGCCGUUACCACAAGAUAAAAUCACACACCCAAAACCUGAGCGAGAAUCUUCAUUAGAGGAUUGGUAUAUUGAAUUCAUAAUCAAAGAGCUCCGGCCGACAGGAACAUAUCAUGCUCAUAUAACGGCUUUGAAUGUUUUGCGGGGCUAUUUGGAGCAUUAUUCUGUCCUAGACGGCCCUAUCGCAUCAUUCUGCAGACUGCAUACAACUUUUCAAGAUUGCCGAGCUCUCCUCAAUACUUUGACGAGAGUUCUACUAGACCUUAUUUGCAAUCCUUUCGAUGAUGUACGGGAGGUUGCAGCCCUCCUUAUGGAGAUGCUGGUCACAUCAGAACUCAAAUGUCGCGAGCCAUUCCAUAAUUCAGAUCCGUCAUUACCAUACAUUGGAUCGACUUCAUCAAUGGUGGACUCGGUUCUUAGGGCAAUUCCAAAAGCUAGGAGCUUGUUCCUGUCAACUGGUAGAGCCUGCCACGCAGAUGGUCUAGCUCGUCUCCUUUGCUUAGCUUUUGGGGCAAGAACAUCCUCAUGCCCGCCAUAUGACCGGUGUUGGAUGUAUCAAAUGCUAGAGGCUGAUCUCGAUCAAGAUGUUCAGAUCGCUGGGGCAGACCUUUUACAGGCCGUCCAAUCGGCUCCUUUGCACGGUAACAUCAUAGCAAUGAGGUAUGGUUCUAUCGAACUUGGUGUUUGGGAAGUAACGAACCGGACUUUGGAGCUGUUUCAGCAGAGGGGGACUAUGCUUACCAGGCGAUCAGCUGGCCUACCCGCUAUAAUCACUGGCAUUCUAGCUGCAUCUUGUAAUGAUGAAUUGUUUGACGAGGUUCUGCUCGACUUGCUAGCACUUGCCGAUGGCCCUCCUGCAGACCCUAAUGGCACACACGCAUCAGAGCUUUCCCAAGUUCACGCUCUGAAUUGCCUCAAAGACAUUUUCAAUGAUUCAAGAUUUGGUUCGCGAACGGAUGGUCAUGUUGAUAACAUGCUGUAUCUAGCCGCUGAAUGCCUUGAUUCUUCAAUAUGGGCCAUUCGGAACAGUGGAUUGAUGCUUUUAAAAGCUUUAUUGAAUCGAAUUAGUGGUGGCACCGAUACUUUGUCGAAUUGCAAACCGAGCUCGUAUCGUCACACUUCGAAUUUUGUCUAUGAAAAGUUUUUAAAUUUACCGUAUAUAGUUCUGCGACUUCUGAGCAGUACGUUUCUGAGCCCAGAUCAGAGCAACACCCUUCAAGCCCAGAAGAUCUUCCCAGCCUUAGAGAUCAUCCAGCGAUUUGGAGUACCCCAUAGUCAUCAACAUGAAGUUGAGGCCAUGCUGCAUCAUCAUCUUGCAAGCCCUCUAUGGGCCUUGAGAGAAAAGGCAGCAAACGCAUGCAGCGCUGUUGUGCUAUAUCUAGCACUGCCUACUUUUGCUCCGGUAAAUAUCCCGAACAACACGAAGAGGUUGGUUGCAAACUUGACUUACGAUUGUCCAGAAUUUCUUAUCCAAAUUUUACCGACGCUUGAGAGGGCCCUCAAGCCCAUGCUUCUCGAAAAUAGCUGCCCUAUUACUGCCACGGCUUUCCUAGCAGGUAUCGCAGACUUACAAAAAUGUUAUGAUGAUAUCAAGACAAAACCGUCUAAGUCGUACAUGGGAGGGGUAGAGGCCGCGUUUGAAAGAUUAAAUAUAAGGCUCCAUAAAGAUAAGGACUUAGGGGAAAGGGACACUACAGACUUAACCAUCCCUUUGUUUACAGUCUCUCUCAACCGUAUCCAAGCUUUUCGUUGCGUUAGAACCCCGACAAGCGAGGUGUUAGCUGAGGAAAAGCAUGAAGCGACCUGCUUUCCCAGCAUGCCGUCUCAUCAACUUGAGUACAGAGACCAAUUGCUAAGACUUGGCCAGUCUCUUGCAAGAGACUUUUCGCAAGGCAAAGCAGAGAAAGACAUUCGGGCGAAGCUAAUGCUAUGGAUGCGACUUGUGAUGGUUGCAUCCUGUGAGAUAAGAAUAAGCGUCCAUAAUGGCAAAGGUGACUUUCCCUCUUUGCAUGAAAUUGAUGUCCGACUGGCCGCAAUCCAUUCUAUUGGCGAGUUUGUCAAGAGCUUAGUUGCUCUAGUGUCAGACCUGACUCACAGCGACCUUAUGCUCCCACUACAUCUACUCAUAUACGACAUUUUGGCUGAUAAUGACGACGAAGUCCGCAUCGCAGGUGCAAAAGUAGUUCAGGUCAUCUUGUCUUGCUCUCACAUGACAAACCCAGGUACUAUCAAGACAAAUCAUUGUAUUUCACCAGCAGCUGCGAGAAAGCGAUUUCUAAAGUUCAUCCUAACAACGUAUCGUCAUUCUCCAGUCCUCUUUGUAGAAGCUAUCAGACGCAUCAAAGAAGAGCCAUCCCGCAUGCUCGUCUACGACAGAUUGCCGUUACGACUUACAACUUGGGAUACUGAAUAUUUCCACGCCACAAAGUCAGCUUUGGAUAGGUAUUCGAAGGCCACCGGGCGAAAAGCCGCCUUGUUCGAGGUUGAGAAGAGUAAUCUUUACUUCGACUGGAUUGAAGAGGGGAACAGCUGGAUCGAGGGGUUCCUGCAUCUUGAGCCGAUCAUGGAUGACGCGCUAAACGUUGGAGAUUGGAAGUACACUCUAAGCAUCGUCCACGAUAUUUGGCCCGAGUAUUGGAUCAAAGAGCUAGCAAGGCUCGUUGAACAGCACCCUGACGGCGUUCUUGGUCCUACCGCGCAAUCAGAAACCUUCACUUCAUUCUAUCGCCUAUUGCUAGCCAACAAAGCAAGCAUUCAAUUUAUAAAGAUCCGCAACCUUUUGGGCGAAAGCCGCACGGCUCCCAUCAAAGCCCUAGAAUUUAUGGAUGUUAUUCACGCAGUUGGCGAGAAAGCAGAUCUUCAUGGUCUCCUCAUGUGUCUUGUAAGAGAGGAAACCUAA